UGCGCAAGGCACACACUCAUUAUGAAGGAGUGAUUUCAUUUGAUUCUGCGGAGCUGUCUGUCUGGUGGAUUUAGUUUAUGAAGCCUACUUGACAAAUAAGAAUACACAACUGAUUUCAGAGCAUACUUGUUUCAGGAGUCACUGCAGUGUUGUGCUGUAGGCUAUCGGGAGAACUACCCAAGUGGAGACUGCUGAUGCAUCUUUGCGCGAGCAUCCAUCUCUUGGCGAGUCAAAUAACAUACACAGAGCAGGGGAGACGGAAACACACAUCGCUUUUUUCCUUGAAGCCUGUUGUAGCUGGUGGACAUUUCUUGGAGAAAUCCAAAAGUACUGGAGCCGCAGAUAUAGCCUACUUUUUUUUAUAUUGAACGAUAACACGCCGCAUUCUCACCUUCUAUUUGAGGCAAGCAAAUAGAGGUCGACCACCACAACAGCAUCUUGAGUGGAGUCGAAUUUCUGUGGCCAUAUCUACUUUGCACCGAGCAAGGAAUAUUUGACAUUGAAGUUUUCGUGGAAGUUGCGCAGUGAAGGAAAAUGGGCAUUUGUGGUUAUUUUGUGGCGCCUUGGAAAUGCCUUGUUGUCAUCGGUCUAAGACUGCUAUUCCUUGUACCUGCAGGAGUGCCAGCUAGGAGCGGGGAUUCUUUUUCAAAGGACAACAUCACUGUCAGACAAGGGGACAGCGCCGUCUUAAAAUGUACUGUGGACAGCAAGGUAUCGCGGGUGGCUUGGCUCAACCGCACCACCAUUCUCUAUACGGGCACUGACAAGUGGUCUCUGGACCCUCGCGUUGUCCGAAUGGACACACCCGUGACAGAGUACAGCAUAAAGAUCCAGAACGUGAAUGUACACGACGAGGGGCCCUACGUGUGCUCCAUCCUCAUGAGCAACAAACCCAAAUCGUCCAAAGUGCAUCUCAUUGUUCAAGUACCUGCAAAGAUCACAAACAUAUCGACGGACAUCACAGUGAACGAGGGCAGCAACAUUACUCUAAUGUGUCUUGCCAUUGGACGACCAGAACCCAACAUCAUAUGGAAGCAUCGCUCGACAAAAGGCCACAAAUUUGUCACUGAAGGGGAAUAUGUUGAUAUGACAGCGAUCACUAAAGAACAGUCGGGAUCGUAUGAAUGCAUCUCCUCCAAUGACAUCUCAGCCCCAGAUGUGAGGACGGUGAAAGUCACAGUCAAUUACGCUCCCUUCAUUUCGAAGGCCAGGAGUACAGGUACCCCAGUGGGCCAAAAAGGGGUGCUCCAAUGUGAGGCCUCUGCUGUUCCUGGUGCAGAUUUUGAGUGGUACAAAGAGGACCGCAGACUCUUCAAUGGACUGAAUGGGGUUAAGAUAGAGAACCAAGGUAAACAAUCCAUGCUUAUGUUUUUGAAUGUUUCUGAAGAGGACUACGGAAACUACACGUGUGUGGCCCUGAACACCAUGGGGAUCACCAAUGCAAGUAUAAUCCUCUACGGCCCCGGGACCAUGAUGCACGAUGUGAACAGGGCAGCCCUGUCGCCCCACUGCUCCUUCUGCCUACUGCUGACUGUUUUCUUUUUGUUCCUACUCAAGUUUUGAUGCAACACAGGCCAUCCUCAGCUUCUCUCAGCACUGAAAAACAACAAGACUCUUGGUCCCAGAAGAAGAAAUUGAACAAAAGGAACCACCAAUAACAUCGUUGGUUCGCUCUUCUUUUUUUUUGGUUUGCAUUGGCGGUAUGUCUUCUUUUGGACAAAAACCAGAAGACGGGACAUGUCUAGGAAGGUGGGGAGGGAGAGGGUCGACCUGGAAGCUGAUCUGAGGUGAUGGUAGUACUACCAAGUUUGUGUCACUCAAAAAGUUAAUGUAAGUGUUGAUAGUUGACUGGUUUUGCCCAAAUAUUGAGGUGUACAUUCAGAUUACUGGUGUGUCCUGUCCUGUUUGAUCUCUGUACAAUAACAUUAGCUUUUUUAAAGUAAAUGACAAAAAAAAUGAAAACAUGCAAUGUGAUUGUUGAAUUUACUGUAUUUUUACAGUUGUAUGCAACAGAAUAAUAACAAAAACAGACCAUUCAAUAUAAACAAUGUCAACUUCAGUGGCAGAACAACACAAUAUCAAAUAUUUAAGGAUUAUUUGUUACAAAUGAAGUCCAUACACAGCAAAAAAAGCACUGUUAAAGCAUAAAUAGACCUGACCAGUUUUUUGGGUUGUCACUGAGAAGAACUGCAUAGUCAAAGACAAAUGACGACAGUGCUUUUUAAGUUGUCUGAAAUUGGCUAACGCCUUUUUGAAAUGAAGUUUUGAGGCAGACAUGGCUGAUAUACACAGGCAGAAAUGUCCAAUGAAAACAGUUUAUUCACUGCACAAGUGAUUUGUUCUCUCACUGACUAUAGUGAUAUCCCACAAUCCCAUUUAGCUAAUGUGGGUGUUUAUGAACAAACCGCAAGUGUUAAAGUAAAAACAACAUGAUUCCAACCGGAUACAUGUAGAAAUGCAUACUGCGCUCCCCACUACAAGAAGUGAAGAGAAAUGAGUCAUUGAGAGUCAUUGAUCAAAUGUUCUGAUCUAUCUCUUUAAAUGGUAAAACCUUUGCGGAAAACCAGAGAGUAUAAACCCAGAAGUUAUUCCAGCCCUCUGCAUUGACCAGAGAUUGAAACGCUGUGAAUGUCAGUCGGUUUGUGUCCUUCCACUGUUUCAGGCCCUAUUCAAAUAAACAAUGAAACUGGUGUGUAUAUUGGAUGUGUAUAUCUGCAUAUCUAUUGAACAGACACAAAGGUUUCUGAUUUAGGAACAGUUUCCUAAUUACGUUGCCCGAUUACCUAAAUUACUGUCACAAUUAUUAUUAUAAAAAUUCUGCAAAGAGCCUAGCAGAAAUUCACUGAACCACGUUAUUUAUUUCCUCUAGUUUAGAAUGUAUUUCUCAUGUACUUUACCUGCAUGGUUAACUGUUUGAUAUAGCCAUGGCCAGCUCCAGGCAUAAGCGGUCGCUUAGGACCCCAGGCUGCUAGGGGCCCCCAGAACAGCAACAACAAAACACAUUUUAUUUAAGGACCUCGGGGGUCUCAACUUACUGUUGAGAGUUAGAAUAGUAGAAUA